GCCCGCGCCGGAAGUGCUUGGCGUAGAGUCUUCGCUGGGAGCCGGCGGCGGCGGCAGCAGGAGAAAUGGCUGCAGAUGGAUCCCAAUCCUGGUUGGGUUCCAAGGACCAAAAGGGGCAUUGGCAGUUACCUGCUGAGCAGCACUGUAACACAGACAGCUACCUAAGGUAAAUGUUUCCAUAACCUUAUGGAGAGAAAGGACUUUGAAGCAUGGCUUGAUAAUAUUUCUGUUACGUUUCUCUCUCUGACGGACUUGCAGAAAAAUGAGGCGCUGGAUCACCUGAUUGGCUUGAGCGGGGCCGCCCAGCUCAGGCACCUCUCCAAUAACCUAGAGACCCUCCUCAAACGGGACUUCCUCAAACUCCUCCCGCUGGAACUCAGUUUCUAUUUGUUAAAAUGGCUUGACCCUCAGACCUUACUCACAUGUUGCCUCGUCUCUAAGCAAUGGAACAAGGUGAUAAGUGCCUGUAUGGAGGUGUGGCAGACGGCUUGUAAGAACCUGGGCUGGCAGAUCGAUGACUCUGUCCAGGAUGCAUUGCAUUGGAAGAAGGUGUACCUGAAGGCCAUCCUGAGGAUGAAGCAACUGGAGGACCACGAAGCCUUUGAGACCUCCUCGCUGAUCGGACACAGUGCCAGGGUGUAUGCACUUUACUAUAAAGAUGGACUACUUUGUACAGGUUCGGAUGACUUGUCCGCCAAGCUGUGGGAUGUGAGCACCGGGCAGUGCAUCUAUGGGAUCCAGACCCACACCUGCGCGGCAGUGAAGUUUGACGAGCAAAAGCUCGUCACAGGCUCUUUCGACAACACGGUGGCCUGCUGGGAGUGGAGCUCCGGAGCCAAGACCCAGCACUUCCGGGGCCACACGGGGGCAGUUUUUAGUGUGGAUUACAAUGACGAGCUUGACAUCUUGGUCAGCGGCUCAGCGGAUUUCACUGUGAAAGUCUGGGCCUUAUCCACGGGAGCGUGUCUAAAUACGCUGACUGGACACACGGAAUGGGUCACGAAGGUUGUCCUGCAGAAGUGCAAAGUCAAGUCCCUCAUGCACAGCCCCGGGGACUACAUCCUGCUCAGCGCUGAUAAGUACGAAAUCAAGAUCUGGCCGAUCGGACGAGAAAUCAACUGCAAAUGCUUGAAAACCCUGACGGUGUCCGAAGACCGCAGCAUCUCCCUCCAGCCCCGGCUUCACUUCGACGGGAAAUACAUUGUGUGCAGUUCAGCCAUCGGGCUGUACCAGUGGGAUUUCGCCAGCUACGACAUUCUCAGGGUUAUCAAACCGCCUUUGUUUGCAAACUUGUCCUUGCUGGGCUUUGGUGACAUUUUUGCUCUCCUGUUUGAUAACCACUAUCUGUACAUAAUGGACUUGAGGACAGAGAAACUGAUCAGCCGUUGGCCACUGCCGGAGUACAGGAAGUCGAAGAGGGGCUCCAGCUUCCUGGCAGGAGAAAUGUCUUGGCUCAAUGGUUUGGACGGUGAGAAUGACAUGGGCCUGGUCUUUGCUACCAGCAUGCCAGACCACAGUAUCCACCUGGUCUUGUGGAAGGAACAUGGCUGAAGGGAGCUGUUGGCAUACGUGGCGUGGCUCUUUUUAAAAAAACAACAACACACAGUAAAAACACACAACGGACACUGCCAGUGAUGGUUCAGAGAGAGGAGACUUUGCAUGAACCAAAGCCGCACAUCUUAAUGGAUCCCAUCAUGCAAUGCACAAUCAUUUAAGCCUUUCAUUUUCAAUGUCACGUUGAGAAACGGGGGGUGGAGACUACAAGUUGGGGAGAGGAAGAUGUUUGGGGGGGCUUUUUUUCCUUUUACACAUAAUGCACCAUAGCAUGGCGAUUGCCUCCCCACCGCUCACAUAUACUCAUGUUUAAACAUACACUCGGGCACACUUCUCGGCUGUAUUUUUACUUCACUUGCCGGGGGGAGGCUUAUUCAAAGGGCAUUGAACCUGAGACGUCUUCUCUUCCCCCUGCAAUCUCUCUCGCUGAAAGGAUUAAAAGGAGGUGGUUCAUGAAAGGGGGGGGGGAUCUGAUCACUCUAAAAAGGGACUGUGCCCGUAGAUAAUUUAUUCAGAGCUGUUGCUCUCUCCCCCGCUACCUGCACCUCACUUCCACACACUCUUCCCCCUGUCGCACUGGCUUCACACACUUCUGCUCCUGGCCAUGGCCAUGCCUAGCUGUGAGGAACACCUGAACAAAGAGAUGCGUCAGGUAUCUAUGUAUUGUUCUGAGCGUGGAUGCAUAGGGGUUUCAGUACCUGGGGUCCGAGCGAGCCUGAGUUUAAAUAACCCUGAAAUGCUUAUCUCAGAUGGUCACCUGUACAGGCACACCGAAACUGCUCUUUCACUGUGGGAUUAUUUUAAAGGCAGCCAUCCUGGCUUAAAAACACACACACACACACACACACCCUGCAUCUUUUUGAGGAUAAUUCUUGACCGCUUGCCUAGGGGUAAAGGGCAGCCCCCAAGUCCAUGCUGGAUCUUGUCCUAUCCUCUGUCCAGACUCAAAAGAGUUCGACACUUAAAAGCAGGCGCCUUGUGAUGAGGCGUAUGGGGUGGAAAUGGGGGCAGGCCUUCCGUGCUCUUUUGUUUGUUGGGGGCAGGAGUGACUCUUCCAGCACAUGCUACGGAAAUUUACAUGAAUUUACAAAUGAAUAAACCAACAGCCUAGUUCAA